AAAUACUUGAUCUCAAAGAUGUCUACUCAAACCGGUGCCACCAGGACCGGACCUAGCACAAGCCACCAACCGCCCACGACCAUCGAAGACUGGACCCGUUCCGACCAGUACCACAACUCCUUCCUGAUCGCGCCUGACGAGACUCUGGCUCAUGCUCGGGCAAAGAGUGCAGAGAAGGGGUUGCCGGAUAUCGCGGUCAGUGCCGCGCAGGGGAAGUUUCUGAAGCUGUUGGCACAAUCACUUGGAGCGAAGAGGAUCUUGGAGGUUGGAACGCUCGGAGGGUACUCUACGAUAUGGCUCGCCCGCGCCCUCCCCGAGGGCGGAGAGUUAGUGACCUGCGAGCUCAAACCGGAACAUGCUCAGGUAGCGCAAGCGAACGUCGAGAACGCUGGCGUUGCGUCGAAAGUGAAGAUCAUUGUGGGGCCCGCAAAGGAAACGCUGGCCAAUCUGCAGCCCUCGCCACCGUUCGACUUUGUCUUCGUUGACGCGGACAAGCCUAGCCUGCUCCCGUACUACAUCGAAGCCAAACGACUAGUCAAGAAGGGUGGUGUGAUUGUCCUGGACAAUGUCGUGAGGAACGGAUUGGUUAGUGUCCCGUCGUAUAGUGAUCCCAACGUGGAGGGGGUACGGAAGCUAUUGGAGUACUUGAAGGACGAUAAGGACGUUGAUGCGACUACGCUGGGUACUGUCGGAGAGAAGGGUUACGACGGUUUCACGUACGCCGUCAAACUCUAGACGGUCAGACGAACAAGAGGGCACUUGGAAACAUGUUUGUUGUUGUAUCCAUCACUGUAUUUUCACAAGUAGAUCGAACCCUACACUUCC